GCUUCCACCAUCCCCAGCCAGACCCCUCUCCCGCGCUCCAGAGCCUCCAGCCCCCCUCCUCGGCUUCCCGGGCCAACGCAGGGGGGGGUCGCCCCAGUCCCUGCUCCUCCCCCCAACUGCGGGGCCAUGGGGUCGCCCCCCGGCUACCGCCCGUCCGGCUGGGUCCACCUCCUCCACCAGGUGCCCCACACCAACUUCCAGUUCCAGCUGGUGAGCAGCGGAUUUGCUCCGCAGGAGAGCGACUACCAGCAGGCCCUGCUGCUGGUGGCCGCAUUGGCAGGCCUGGGUUUGGCCCUCAGCCUCCUCCUCAUCUCCCUCUACCUCAUCCGCUUCUGCUGCUGCCAUCCCGAGGAGCCACCUGAGGACAAGGGGCCCCGGGGGGGCUGCAUCACCUGGAGCUGUGUCACCGCCCUGCUCGUUGGCUGCGCUGGCAUCGGCAUCGGUUUCUAUGGCAACAGCGAGACCAGCGAUGGGGUGUCCCAGCUCAGCUACUCCCUGCUCCACGCCAACCAUACGCUCAGCUCCAUCGACCGACUUGUGGCGGACACGGUGGAGCGGCUGGGGGCCGCCGUGCGGAACGAGCUGACCACCCUGGAGGAGGUGCUGGCCCCGCAGACGGAGCUGGUGGCCCGGGUCCGGGGGACUCGGCGCCAGGUGGAGGGUGUGGCCCAGCAGCUGGGCGAGGUGGCCUUCUGGCGGGGGGUCCCCCUGAGCCCCCUGAGGGUGGCCGAGCACGUGUCCUUUGUGGAGGAAUAUCGGUGGCUGGCCUACGUCCUGCUGCUGCUGCUGGACCUCCUCGUCUGCCUCUUCACCCUCCUGGGCCUGGCCAAACAGAGCAAAUGGCUGGUGAUUGUGAUGACGGUGAUGAGUUUGCUGGUCCUGGUGCUGAGCUGGGGCUCCAUGGGGCUGGAGGCAGCAGCCGCCGUGGGCCUCAGUGACUUCUGUUCCAGUCCUGAUCCCUUCGUUCUGAAUUUGACCCAGGCAGAGACCGGCCUGAGCACGGAAAUCCUGCACUACUAUUUCUUCUGCAACCAGGUUGUCCCCAAUCCUUUCCAACAGAAGCUGACCCUGUCCCAGCGAGCUCUGGCCAACAUCCACUCCCAGUUGCAGGGGCUGGAGCGGGAGGCCGUGCCCCAGUUCCCCGCCUCCCUGAAGCCGCUGUCGACGCUGCAGGAGACCCUCAACGUGACGGAGGGAAACUUCCACCAGUUGGUGGCGUUGCUGCACUGCCGCGGCCUGCACAAGGACUACGGGGUGGCGUUACGGGGCCUGUGUGAGGAUGCCCUGGAAGGCCUGCUCUUCCUCCUGCUCUUCUCCCUGCUCUGCGCCCUGGCCCUGGGGACAGCCAUCUGCAGCCUUCCCAGAGCCUGGGCCCACUUCCCCCCCAGUGACGACUACGAAGACCCUGAAGAUGAUGAUCCCUUCAACCCUCAGGAAUCGAAACGUUUUGUCCAGUGGCAGUCAUCCAUUUGAGACCCUCCCCCACGGGAACCUGAUGUCUUCCCUCCCUUGCCUCCUGUUCUAUCCAAGUCUGCAGGCUGCCUAAGAAGACCUGCUCACCUGGCCUUUCCUGGAUCUGGCGAUUAACAUUCCCAGGUGGAGCAAGGGGCCCAAGCACUCCCAGUAUCUCCUCCUGUCCAGUUACACCUUCAGUUUCAAGGUCCUUCCUCCUGUG